GCGCCGCCGCCUCCUCUGCUCCUGCCGGCGCCUCUCGUCCCUAUCUUUCUCGGAGGCUGCAACGAGCGCCCGACCGCCUGCCUAAGGAAGCCGCCGCCGCCUGAAAGCGGGCAUCUGCGCCGCGUCGACCCGGAGCUCCCUCUCCGCACCGUGUGCCCUAGCCGUGCGCUCCUGCCUCCCCGCCGAAAUGACCGCGAAGCUUUGGCGCCCCCGCCUCCUCCUCCUCGCCGCUGUCGCCUUGGUUGCCCUGAGCGGGAGAGGAUAUGCUGAUGAUUUCGACUUAAAUUUAGAGGAUGCGCUGGAUGAUGGCAUUCCAACGAAACGGCCUACUCCCAAGCCACCCAAGAAGCCUUCCAGCGGAACAGGUGACUUGGACUUGGCUGACUACUUCGACACCCCACCAGAGAUGACAACUAAAUCAACCAAGGUGACCACUGGCCCUUAUCCAAGGAAACCAGAUGAUAUCCACUGGAACGUGAUGCAUACCACCACCAAGCAGCCCAAAACUACCAAGGCUCCACCCAAGAAGGUCCCAGCCAAAGAUCCAAUGGAUUUCGACUUAUCUGAUGCUUUGGAUGACCACAACCCUGGACAAGGUGGAGGAACGCCUAAUGUAAAUCCUGGUGGAGGCUCGAAAGGUACAGGUGGAAGAGGUGGAAAACCUGGGUUUUCGGAUGAUGACUUGGCUGGAAUUGUGGACGAGGGCGGCUACCAGCCAGAUAAAAAGAAAGGUGGAAGUUCAGGAAGUGGCGGCAGUGACAAUGACGGUGCCUUAGUAGUAGAGACGGGAACGAUUGCUGGCAUUGUCAGUGGCCUUGCCAUGGCCCUGAUUGGUGCUGUGAGCAGCUACAUCUCCUACCAGCAAAAGAAGUUCUGCUUCAGCAUACAACAGGGUCUUAAUGCAGAGUACGUGAAAGGAGAAAACAUGGAAGCGGUGGUGACUGAAGAACCACAAGUUAAAUAUUCUGUCCUUGAGCCACAGACUGCAGAGCCACCUCCGCCACAAGAAAACGCAAAAGUCUGAAUCCCAGACUUGGUCUGGAGAAGAAUCAAUGGCAACACACACACACGCUUCUCACAUGCUUGUAAUUUAGCUUUUUACAAACAUUUGAUUUGGAUCCAAAGCUAUUUAAAUGUGCGUUCUUCUGAUUAAGACAGGCUUCUUAUUGUGGUAGCUGGUAUUCUGGUUUUUUUCUUUUCUUCGUGAAGAGUUGUAGGUUUACAUUCACAUGGUCAUGUAGGAGUUUUGUCAGGUUGAAUUCAAGAACAAAAGGGUGCUUCAAAUUGGUGUUUCACAUUAGAGUUAGGGAUUUUCAUGAAGGUUUGGGGGGGGGGAGAAGCAGCUGAGUUAGUGACUACAGGUGUGAGAACAAAUGAAGUGCCUGUAAAUUAACAGUCCAAAGCAAACCAUUUAAAAAACCUUUAUGAAAUGACUUUCAGCCAAAUUCCGGCUGUCAGCCAUAAGCAUGUAGCUUCCACUGAUAACAGUGGAAGUUACAUGAAUGUUGGAGGGUGGAGUUUAGUCCUUUAAGUAGCUACACCUCAAGAUAUACAAGUGCCUGUGGGGUAGGUCUUCAUUUGACAGAGGACAGCAGGUGAAUAUUACCCCAUACAACUGGGCUUCUCUACAGAUAUAAACAUCCUGAAUUUUUUUGCUACCAGAACCCUAUGCAGCUAGUUGUUGUGGAUGCAAUGUUUCCUAUUUAAAAAUCCAGGGACAUUUCAGGAGGUCAGAAUCUGAACCUAUACCCAAGCCCUUCCGCCGGCAAAGAAAAGCAAGAUUUCCCUUCCCUGUUCAGUCCCAUAGACUUGGACUGACAACAUGGGUUUUUUGCUCUAUUUUACUCCAGAUUUAGAACAUGCUUGCAUUUCCAGGAUUGCGAGUCUGCUUGCUGCACUGGGCAAUAACGGAGGUUGCAGUCGCACAAUCUAUUGUGCAGUGACAGAGGAUGUUGCAGUGCAACUGUUAGCUUGCUCCUCUUUGUUUUGUCAGGCUCUAAUUCCUGGGUUGGCUAAAAUCCAGGAACAGAACUUAAGAGCUUUCAGCUAGGAAAUUAAACCACAAAAUGUGAUGCAACCAUGGAUCAAGAGCUCAGUUAGUUUCCUAGUGAUCUUGUAGGCCACUGGGUUGUAACCAAGGCUAUUCCUAUGCAAAGCAGACCCACUGAAGUUAAUGGAGAUUAUUAAGUUAGGUCCAUUAACUUAAAUAGGUCUACUUGGAGUAGAACCAAGGCUGGAUGCAACCUACUGACUCCAACCUCUGCCUUGAUGCAGGAAGUCUAGAGUGAGAGCACCCACAACAGUUGGCUGUUCAUCCUCUGCUUGAAAACCUCCAACUUAGUUGCACUUUGGGUUCUGACCUUCUAAUUGAGAUCUCUAACGAGAUACCAAGGAUGACCUGAGAGCCCUUUGGUGCAAAGCAUGCACUCUUAACUACUGAGCUCUGAAGUAAUCUAGAUAAAAUAUCUGGCCCAUGUUGGUGAUUUUUAACAGUCCCACUUUUCACCAUUGUAACAAGGUGAAUACUUCUGUAUGAUUAUGAAUUAUCAGUGAUGUUAGCGAGUCAUUAAAAAGGGAGUACUGUUUCUUUUUUAAAAAAUGCACACAUCUGUAUCAUAAGGUGGUGAAAAAGAACUCUUGUGGAUAAAAGAUCCAUUUAGCUUUUGACUGUUUACAAGCUUAAUUUUUACUGAUAUAUUUUUAAAAGGAAUCUGGAAACAUUAGCACCCUGCUCUAGCAAGGGAGAUCUGCAGGUGGAAGUAGCGGGGGAUGCUGCUUUGCAUCUGGACUCUACUGACAUGGCUGGAUAAAUCUCUUAAUGGAAAUGGAACCACCAGUUGUUAUGACCCAUGAUUAAAGCUGGAUUGGGUCUUAGGGGUAUAGCUAGGAUGAAAUUUUGCCCUGAGAUCCUCACCUCACCUCACACAUGUCCUCUUUGAGGCAGGUGCCACUGAUUUCAGUGGAACAUGCCUCCAUGAAAUGGUGCUUAAAACUGUAGCUUAGACGUUUGAUGACAAAUGUGCAAAUUCCUUCUGCUCUGUUUUUGUUUCACCACUUGCAUUUCAAGAGCCCUACAGUAGCUUUAAAGAAAUUCACACCUUUUGAAUGUAUUUAGCUUCUAUGACAAUGCUACGAUAAGCUCUUUUACUCCUAAAUUCUCAUCUUAACUGUUCGCUUCAAUGGGAGUAAAGCAGGGCAAUACAUCUAAGAAGGAAUGCAGCUUACUUGCUUAUUGAAGGGUGCUUCAUACACUGGUCACCAGAACGGAAGCCACAGAAAGUUGUUUCUGCCUGGAAGCCUGCUGUGCCAUGGACGGUCUUCACUCAAGUAGGUGAAACCAUGUGAAAAGGAGCGUUCAGUCUGGUGGAGUACUGUCAUGGAAACAGUUUGGGGGGCUUCUACGUUUUGAAGUUACCCUUAAGUACUGUAGAGUAGGUUUUUUAGGAAGGCUGUGGUUUGCAAUUUUUGCAGAGCACAAAUUAGUCAGAUACUAACAAUACCACACAGCUGAAUUGACAUAAUGGUAAUUUCCAACUACUAUAGCAUAUCUCUUUUUUAAUUUUUUUUAGUCAAGUACAUAAAAGAUUAGAGUAGGAUGAAGUAGUGCAUCUUUAGAUAAAUAGCGGGGAAAUAAUAAGUGUAACUAUGAUGCUAGUACUUGCACUAGGAGUCAUUUUCUCAGAUAAAUGAAUAUAAUUCCUUAUUUCUUCUUGCCAAUGAUGGGAAAUGUUUCUGUAGAUGUAAAUUGUCAAUUUUGUUGUAUUUCUAUUACUGCACUGUCCAGCCACUGAUCUGAAUUUUGAAAAACAGUGCAUCUGAGUGUUGAAAAUAACCCACUAACCACUUAGUCAUUUGAAAUGUGUAUGUAUUGCAGAUUUCUUUUGUGUGUGUGUAAAAAACAAAAACUCACAAUACUUCCAAUAAGUAAGAUAUCGGGCUUUCAGGAUAAGACAGUAGGUUAACCUUUAAGCUACUUCCUUCCCCAAAGCCUUUUUAUAUGAAUUUGGUAAAUGGUUAUGCCUUAAUGUAAAUUUUAGGUAGAAUAUAAAAAUCAAAACUAUAGAAAUGCACAGCAAACAGGAGACACCUGUUUAAAAUGUUAUAGCACUAUAAUUCAGCAUUAGGCAUACAGGGCAAUUAUCACUAUUACUAUUGCCUGUAGAACCACUUUAAAAUGUAGUUGAACGUAUCCCCAAAGAAAUCUGCUUUGUUGGAUAAUGGGGACUGACUGCAUUCUCCACUCAAAAGUACACAAGCAGCUCUGUUCUCUGGUUCUUUGUGCUAGAUCAGCAACUGAAGUCCCCUUUGCUAAGCCUGGCCCCAAGAGCUACCUGCCCACUCCCCACCCUCAGUCACUCAGCCAGGGAUGAAAGUGGCAGCUACAGUUAUGAGACCUGUCAGGUGGCCACUAAUCUCCUUCUACAGCAGCGUUUCAGAAAAGCUAACUGCUGAUCAGAGUUCUGCUUACACUAUUACUAUUAAUAGAACGUGAAACAACCAUUGAUCUAGUUAGCUCAGCCCAGUCUGCUCUGACUGGCAGUGGGUCUCCAAAACCUUAGGAGGCUGAGACAAACAGAGAGGGAAGGAGUGCUUUUCCAGGCCUAAUAUCUGAAAUCCUUUUAAAUAGAUGCCAGGGAUUGAACCCAAGACCUUCUGCAUGCAAAGCAUGUGCUCUACCAUUGAACUAUGACCUCUCCCCAUGGGGACCUUCUUUCCAUUGUCUGUACACAACCAACAAUAUGUUUGGCUUUUCCUGGCUGAUUUCUCUGUAGCAGUGCCAACUUUGUAGUACUACACCUCCAGAAGGGAUCCAUUUCUGUUUUUCUGCUCUUGUGUUUUUAUGUUCAUAAUUAAAACUAUCUGUGCACUGAAAAGCCACAUAAAUAAGCUCAGCCAGAUGUUCCAGAAUAGGUCAAGUGACAUGCAUUAAAGUCUUCCAUCAGGCCAAAGAUAUAUAUAUAAAAGACCCCUUCCUGUGCCCUGAAUUUAUACACAACACACAUUCUUGCAAGUAAAGAGAAGAUGCCUAAUUAGAGAAUGGGAAAGUGGUUUCCUGUAUUUUUCAAAAUUAUGAGAAUAUUGGCAGGGAUCUAGCCACAUUAACUCACUUAAGUGUUGGCUUGGCUCUUUUCUUUCUUAACUUGUGUCUUUCUUGGCAAAGUGUUUUAAGGCCACAGCGUCAGCUGUCACUGUCUCAUGCAACUAACAGCAAAUGGCCCUGUUUACUAUACAUUAUCAUUGUCAAUAGAUUGUUUGCUGUUGUGUGAAUUGAGGUUCAUCCGAGAGAAAAGUGCAUAACUUUACAAACAUAGAAGGAAACAAAAGCAAAUAGAUGAACUUGGCGAAAGGGAGGGGAGGGGGAAGAGAACCCAGACAGCAGAUUAAGAGAGUAGAUUGUGUCCAAAAGAUGCCAAGCGUUUAUUUAAGCAAUACAUACAAUUCUUUAGCUAAUACAGAAAUGAUCUGUCCCAGAUGAAAAUUGUGCAUUAUGCUGUCAAAAGGCGGACUCAUUUUGCUAAAGUGCAUAUAAGAAUUACAGGGGAGGGAAAUCCGAACUUGAUUGCUGAACUACAAACUGGAAAACAAUAAAAAAAUUAAAGACUUGUACAACAACAA